UACUUUCCCAAGAGUAAUGUUUUUAUCCGUAAAAUUGGUUUCAUCCUAUUUUGGCAUAUGUGCAAAUGGGUUAACUAGUCAUUCAUUUGAUUAUGUUGUUAUUUAUAUGAAAAGAUAAAGUGGCAGAUGAAAUUACCGUUUUCUUUGUCAAUUUUAUUUGUCGUUUAGAUGGUGCUGCAUUUAGUAUCUAAGUCAGGAGACAUUUUAUAUACAGGUGGGAGACACCCGUUUGGUAGGACAGCCCCCCUCGCUUUCAGCUCCCCGGCGAAUGAUGCGAGCGACUGACAUUUGCUGUUGCGGUUUGGGACAGGAGGCGAAGCGUUUCUGCAAACAGGUGUGAAGCAGCUCCAAUCUUGCACAUACGCUACGCCGUGUAUUCCUGCUUGUUCUGGAGCGUUACAGUCACCCCAAUCGAGCUGCGUUCGUCCUCGUUGCGGGACGGGGAUAUUUUUUAUUUGUAAUUACGUUUUCUGGAGCAAUUAAGCAUCCGAAUUAUUUCGCUGUUUAAAAAAGAAGGGGGAACGGGGUUGAUCCGAAGGAAAGCCAUGGCAACUAAAAAAGCAUGCGCGGAUUUACCGAAAAGGAAUCGGAGUCCCGUCGUGUUGGAGGCAGAGAUGUUCAGCGAAUUUCAGGACUGGUGCCUCCGGACUUACGGCGACUCGGGUAAAACAAAGACGGUCACCCGGCGAAAAUACAACAAGAUCAUGCAGACCCUCCUGCAAAGCGAAGAGUCGGACGGCGUCUACGUCGAAAGCAGCCACAUCAACGCCAAAUUCAAAUUCUGGGUGAAAUCUAAAGGCUUUCAGGUCGGGAGCAACAUUCUUACCGACCACAACAAGAAAGGAGUGCCUGGAAAACCAGUUCUUUACGUCCCUGUCAAAUCAACGAGAGCUGUGAAACCGGCAGACGUGCCAGCAGGGGAGGGCUGUGGUGACGCCCUGAUGACGGAAGGGGGCGUGGCCCAGGACAGCUCCUCCCUCAAGCGGGUGGCAGUGGUGGAGGACUUCUUUGACAUCAUCUACGCCAUGCACGUGGAGAUGGGUGGAGAUCCGGGCCGGGCACCAAAGCACGCCGGCCAGAAGAAAACCUACCGAGCGAUUGCAGAGACGUACGCAUUCCUGCCCAGAGAGGCGGUGACCCGCUUCCUGAUGAGCUGUGGGGAGUGUCAGAAGAGGAUGCACAUCAACCCCAGCACUGCUGAGUUUAAAGAGAAUGACAGGCCCACUUCCCUGGUCCCUGACCUCAUCGACUACAACAUGCCACUCACUGCCACCUACCUGAAGCAGAUGAAGCUGCAGUGUAUGAAUGCCAAUGAGCAGGAUGACAGUUCAGUGAGCAGUGGGGAUCUUGAUAUGAGCGACCCCCCCACAUGGAUAUCGGUUGACCACAUCCCGGUGUCUGAGCUGAGCCCCCCCAGCCAAGGAGAGAGGAUGCACAGCCCCCACAGUGCCCCCCAGGGGGGAGAUGAUGAUUCCUCCUCAGAGAACAGCAGUGCUAACGGGGCUCCCUCUUUCACCCCCUCGUCUCUGGGUGCGACAGCUCCUCUGGAUGGCAGGAGCGUGGGUCCGUACGGCGAGGUGAACGGGACUGAACUGGCAGGCCCGCUGGACUUCAGCACCACGUCCUCGUCCCCCUCCUCCGAGGACCAGCAGCCAAUCAACCUGAGCGAGCGGCUGGCCCCCGACGCACCGCUGGGCCCCUUCCAGCCCGACGCCUCCAGGAAGUACCCCAUCAAACACCCCCACCCCUCUGACCUGCGCAUCGACCGUGAUGCCAGGGACUACGGCAGCAAGUCUCCCCAGUACAGUUCGGGGAGCUAUGACUCCUUGAAGACGGAAGUAAGCAUGUCUGUAGAUGACCUCACUGGAGGGCGGGGCCAGGUGGUGGAUGAUGAUGAUGAUGAGCACGAUGACCAUGAUGACAGUGACAAGAUCAACGACACAGAAGGCAUGGAUCCUGAGAGGCUGAAAGCCUUCAAUAUGUUUGUCAGGCUGUUUGUGGAUGAGAAUCUGGAGCGCAUGGUUCCCAUCUCCAAGCAGCCCAAGGAGAAGAUCCAGGCCAUCAUCGAGUCCUGCAGCCGCCAGUUCCCAGAGUUCCAGGAGCGCGCGCGUAAGCGCAUCCGUACCUACCUCAAGUCCUGCCGCCGCAUGAAGAAGAGCGGCAUGGAGACGCGGCCCACGCCCCCACACCUCACCUCAGCCAUGGCGGAGACCAUCCUGGCCGCUGCCUGUGAGAGUGAGACACGCAACGCUGCCAAACGCAUGCGCCUGGACCUCCAGCCCAACCACGAUGAACAGAGUGCACUUGACCGGCCCCACCCUCGGGAGUCUGCCUCUCUGGCGCACUCUGCCUCUUCCCUCCCAGCCUCAGCCUUCCCCCAGGACCAGCUCUACACCAACGGGGGGCUCAACUACAAUCUCCGUGGUUACAGUGGCCUUGGCAGCACUCCGCAGCACCCUGCUUCCUUGACAACUGGUGCUGCUCAGAGCAAUGGUCCAACAGACCUCAGUAUGAAGUCUCUAGCCUCGAACCCAUCUUCGGGCAGCUCCAGCAGCCAGGGGCAGGGUGGGGGUGAAGGGGGGGCGUCGGCUCAGCUCAGCCCCCCUGAGAUCACGGCGGUGAGGCAGCUCAUCGCAGGAUACCGCGAGUCGGCCGCCUUCCUGCUGCGCUCUGCUGACGAACUAGAGAGCCUGAUCCUAAUGCAGAACUGAGGACACACAUGC